AUACUGCUCUAACCUCUUUUUCUCCACCUUCCUUCUUCCUACAGAUAAAGCAGAUGUUUCAGCCAGCUCUGAGAAUCAGCACCAUGGCCUUAUUCCUGGAGUUGCUGUUCCUGGCUCUUGUGUUGCUUCCAUUCUUUCCUGCAAAUGGACAGGAUCCAUCCUUUGCUGCUUUGUCAACUACUCGAACACAAGUCCAAAAAGAGAUUGUAGAUAAACACAAUGAACUAAGGAGAUCAGUCUCUCCACCUGCCAGCAACAUGCUAAAGAUGGAAUGGAGCAGAGAAGCAGCAGCAAAUGCCCAAAAAUGGGCAAACAAGUGCACUUUAGAACACAGCAAUGCAAAGGACCGAAAAACCAGUACAAACUGUGGUGAGAAUCUCUAUAUGUCAUCUCACCCUAAGUCAUGGUCAGCCCCAAUCCAAAACUGGUAUGAUGAGAAGGACAAUUUUAUCUAUGGUAAGGGAGCAAAGACUGCUGGUGCAGUUGUUGGACAUUAUACCCAGGUUGUCUGGUACUCCUCUUACCACGUUGGAUGUGGAGUUGCCUAUUGCCCCAAUCAAGAUAUUCUGAAAUACUACUAUGUUUGCCAAUAUUGUCCUGCUGGUAAUCAUCUUAACAAGAUAAAUACACCCUACCUAGAAGGAAAGCCUUGUGCCAGCUGCCCUUAUGACUGUGACAAUGGACUAUGCACCAAUGUUUGCAAGUAUGAAGAUAAAUAUCAAAACUGUAAUGAUUUGAAGAAAAUACUAACCUGUGCCCAUAGUCUUCCCAAGGACAAUUGCAAGGCUUCCUGCUAUUGUAAAGAUAAAAUUUAUUAAAUACCCAAUACAGACUGAGGGGGGCUAAGUAGAGAAGGGCCACGCUAUCUACUUAGAUGUGACAUUAGCAAAGAUAUUGUCAGCAUGUUGGCUACAAACUUGAUUCCAAGUAAUAAGGAGUCUUUUUCUCUUGGAUCUACUUUUUAUUUUACAGAAAUUUCUUUCAUCAAAGGAUUAAAAAAUUACAUAAUCUAUGAUUAUCUGUUGCUCAUGUAAAAAUUAUGAGCGAUAAGGAAAUUCUGAGAAACCAUUACAGACAAGAGGAGACUAAGAAAACAUGAGAACUAAAUGGAACGUGGUCUCUCAGAUCAGAUUCUGGAACACAAAAAGGUCAUUAAUGGAAAAAGUGGUGAAAUCUGAAUAGGGUCUGAAUUGUUUUUGAUAGUAAUGUCUCUUUCUUAUUCUUGACAAAUGUACUAGGGUUAUACAAGAUGAUAACAUGAGGGGAAACUGAAACUGGGUGAAGAGUAUAUAGGAAUUCUCUGCACUAUCUUAGCAAAAUGUCUAUAAAUCUAAAAAUACUCCAAAAUAAAAAGUGCAUUAAAAAAACCACUUUUCUUGGCUCCAUAAUGCUUGGAAAAUUCUCCUCUUGAUUAUCCGGUUAUUCUUUCUCAGACACCCCUCCCCCAGUGUCUCUACUCCAUUGCUAAAUGUUUGAUUUUAUUUUUUUCAUGGACGUUCCAGAUAAUACCAAUGAUUGGACUGUCAAAUUAGACUCAUAACCUUAUCCAGUGUCAAGAUUCACUAUUUUAAGGACAGGAAUAGUCAUGGGGUAAACAGAAAAUAGGGAGAGGUUCAAGAUCAUCAAUGCAGUUCCUGAAUGUUAUUUAAAUUUUUUUAACACUUAUUUUUGAGAGAGAAAUAGAGAAUGAGCAGGAAAGAGGUAGGGAGAGAGGAAGACACAGAAUCCAAAGCAGGCUGCAGGCUCUGAGCUGUUAGCACAAAGCCCAACUCAGGGAUCAAACUCAAGAACCAUGAGAUCAUGACCUGAGCCAAAGUCUGAUACUCAACUGACUGAGCCACUCAGGUGCCCCUUGAAUGAUAUAUUUGCAGUACAUUCCUUAAUAUCUAAAGUGAAAGUCUUCUUAGUCUACUUUCAAAAUCUUUCCAUUGACUUCUUAAGUACUUAGGAUAACACUCUUAAACUGCUCUGCAAGAAGUUGAAUUUUUUUUAUACUUUCCCUUUUAACCUCACUUCAUUCCUCUCUCCUUUAUUUCUUAUGCUCUAAGUACAAUGAUCUUAUCAAAUUCUUUCAAGCUCCGCAGGAUUUUCCAUACCUAAGGGCAUUUUUAUUUGCUAUAGCUCUGUCUGAAAGAGUCAUCCUUCUAGUAUUUGCUAGAAUAACUCCUUCACAUUAAAUGCCACCUUACCCAAGAGAUUCCUUUGAGUAUUUAAUCUGAAGAACUCCCCCCAUUUUCUCUCAUAGCUCCUUGUAUUUCUUUUACAAUAAUCAUUGCAAUGUAUAAUAAUUAAUUCCUGUAUUCAAUAAAUAUUUAUUGAAAAA